AUGUGCAGCCCCAGUCCCAAGCUACGACCAAGGGCCUGGACCUGGGAGCCCCACCCAGGGUUCUUAGGUCCUGCCUCUACCUCUUCCCACUGGAUGGCCCUGGCCAAGUCACUAAACUCUCUGAGACUUGGUAUCCUCAAUCUACUGCUAUCAAGCACUGACAGAGGUGCAUUGCAGCAUAUAGGAAGGGCGCCCAACCCAGAGUGGGGCAGAUGGGGAGGCGUUAGCUGGGCAAAGGGAAGGGGGAGACGAGGGGAUGGGCGCACAGGGGACGGAGGGAGCGGUUGGGAGGCCAGCCCUUCCAGGCCAAGAGGGCCGCUGUGCAAAGGCUGGGAGGCAGAGCUGGGCCAGCUGGGGGGCCCGCGGGCAGGGGCGGAGCGGGAGAGGAGAGGCUGGGGAGGCCACCGUGGUGUGGCCCAAAGCUCUUCGGGGACUAGUAGGGGGGUCAGGGGGGUUGGCCGUGCGGUGACAGUUUCUGGCGCUCCAGCCUCAGAGCAGGUGAGCCACGGCAAGACCUUCUCGCGGGCGGAGGUGGCGCUGAGCUGGAGGGACGCCGUGCAGUACUGCCGGCGGCAGCACACGGACCUGGCCGAGCUGCAGAGCAACAGCAGCCUGCGCGGCCUGAGGGCGCUGCACUCGCUCGCGAACCGGAGCCCGGCCUGGAUCGGCCUCUUCUUCGACCCGCGCAUUCCCGGCCUGAGCUGUUCCAGCGGCUCCAACUUCACCAGCCCCGAGUGGAGCAAGGUGCCCUUCUUCAAGGAGGGCCUGUGCGCCACGCUCUUCGCUUCGCUCAACUUUACCCCCAGCCUGGGGGCCGCGUCCUGCACAGAGCAGAAGCCCUUCAUCUGCUACUACGACCCUGCUGAAGGGCACCGCAUCUCCACGGAGCCUUCUCUCAGCCUGACCACCUCUCCAGAACCAGCUAUGGUCCAGAUCGGUGGACAGACCUUCCUGUGACUUGACCAAGUGAUUACGUGGUCCUUGGCCCUGCUGUACUGUCGCAGUCACCACACAGACCUGGCCAACCUUCAGAUGGUGACUGACGAGGCAGGCGUGGAGGCCUUGAAGUCCAUCACGAGUGAGACCGAGGCCUGGAUUGGCCUCUACUUCAACACGAACUCUGGGUCUCUGAGCUGGUCCAGUGACUUGGGUGCCAGCGUCCCCACCUGGCUGCAGGUGCAGGUGUGGGGGAGAGGACUGUGUGCAGGACUCCGCACCUACGCGCGCUGUUCCCCCUGAGUUUAUUCAGUGGACUGCUCCUCCCUGCAACCCUUUAUCUGCUUCCAGACCCCCUCCAUUGGACACCGGGAGUCGGCAGAGUUGCCUCUGCUCUUUCGUGCUUCCUUCUUAGAAGUUAUUCCCUCCUCAGAAGUUACUGUGGAGACAACUCCCAGGCCAAGUAUAGCUGUGACCAGUGUAGGGAGUGGCACUGCCAUAAGAGAUACAGCUACGGCCACUGAGGACCAACAUUUGAGCUCACGUAACCACCCAGAGUAUAAAGAAAAAAUAUCAGCACCAGAAUCAGGGCACCCUUUUGGAAUCCUGAAAGCAGAUUUUACCAUCCCAACUCUGAUGGACCCAGAAGAGAUGAAAGACCAGUUUUUGAGGGAGAUCCAAGAAGUCUUGAAGCUUAGAUUAGGUCAUGACCUGAAAUGGGUUGGCUUCGAAGUGAACAAAAUGUAG